UGAUAAGCAAUAUAAUAGGCGUGGCUGCAUUUUCAGGGAGAUUUCUUGAGCCAAUCAAAGAAUGGUUGAUGCCAUUUAGUGCCAGCGUUUAUAGUAGCUGCACAGGAAACACUAGAAGGAAGCCCAGAAGAAGCAGGGUGAGAGAAGGUCUUGAUGGCAUUCAUCCGUGUCAUGUCCUUUGGUUUACGGCUUGGAAAACGGAACCUAAUGCUGGUCUUCUGUGUGGUCUUCCUUGUCAGCCUCACUCUAUUACUGUUAAAGACGGGAAACAGAGACCAGGCUAGGCUACAAGGACUAGCGAAAUGCCGGGAACUGAGUCAGUUACUGGAAACAAAGAAUCUCUCAGGAAUUGUUCAGUUUCACAAGACAGCGAACGAGGAGGAACAAGUUCUUGUGAUCAAAAAGUGGAAACUCCAGAUGAAAGAUAAGAUGAUACUGGAGCAUCUGCUGCUCACAAAGGAAUGUCCCUGGGAAGCCAACGCCACAGCAGUGGCUCAGUACAGGGCAGAACUCGGGAAAUGUUGCAAUGCUUCCUUCUGGCUGGCGGUAACCCAGGAGAAUGCACCAUUAGGAUCAAAUAUAUCCCCGGAUGGGAACAAAGGACAGAAGCUGCCAGUGAAUGCCGAGCUGACGUCCCUGCUGCCGGAGAGAUCCCCCUUCCCAGAAUCUCAGUAUCGCCGUUGCGCAGUAGUGGGUAAUGGUGGAAUCCUAAAAAACAGCCGCUGUGGAGUUGAGAUCGACCAGGCUGAUCUAGUAGUCAGGUUCAAUCUGCCUCCCAUGAAUUUCUCUGAAGAUGUGGGGACAAAGACAAGUCUGGUGACUAUGAACCCUAGCAUAAUUCAGAAUAAAUACAAGAGUUUGCAGGCCCAAAGGAAGCCUUUUGCAGAUGCUCUGCAGCCAUACAGGGAUGCCCUCUUCCUCAUCCCUGCUUUAUCCUUUGUGGGCCAUGGUGUUCUUGGCUACCGUGCUGUGUACACCAUGGAGGACUUUGGUUUAAUGCAGCAAGCCUUCUUCCUGAAUCCACGCUACCUGAGCACCCUAAGGGACUACUGGAAGAAACAAGGCUUGAAGCCGCAGCGCCUUUCCUCCGGCUUCAUGUUCGUCAGCAUGGCUUUGGAGUUCUGUGAGCACAUCACUCUCUACGGCUUCUGGCCCUUCCCGCAUGACCUGGCUGACCAGCCCAUCUCUCAUCACUACUACGAUAACAGGUUGCCCAAGGCUGGCUUUCAUUCCAUGCCCAGCGAGUUCUCACAUUAUCUGAGCAUGUAUGCGAAAGGUGUGCUGCGUUUACGACUUGGCAAGUGUCAGUGA